CACUUAGCGGGACGAGCACAGGCAUCGGCGGCAGACGGACUCUGACCAGGAAACAACUUUAGUCCAAGUGGAACGGUUAGUAUGUAAAAUAAAUAUUGCUUACAUAUAACUAUAUAUGACGCCGCUUUUUUCUGUCGAAUGAUACUGUUUGAACGUGUGCAUGCAUGGUGUAUGCUUAUAGCAGGCUAACGCUAGCUAAUGUCCACUCAAAAUAGUGUCAGCUACCAUGUUGAAGUUAGCUUCGUGUUAACAGUCUGAGGACUGCUCAUAUACUGGCAAGUUUGAGCGACUGUAUCAUUUAUAUUUCUGUCAUUUUACGUUUAUUUUUACACGAUAUAUAUAUUUUAAAUAUUUCAUUUUACGCCGUAGAAAAGAGGUUCAACCGCUCUCAGGGCUAUCAGAGUGUAGCAGGCUAUGGAGGUGUUUAUGUAGUGCACACUUGACCGCUACUUGGCCUCUCUCUUUUUCCGCUCACUCUCUCACACACACAGGCUUGUUUCAUACUGGUUUUCCCUGUAACACUGACCCCGGUUCGGUUCUAUUACCUUAAGCCUGAUUUCCACCGGCGCGUUACAGCCGCGGAACGGCAGCGCCGCGGUCGCCGUUGCAAACAGGUAACACUAAUCAAUGAGAGCAUUUCCACGCGCUGCAGAACGUUACAGCAACGUCUCAGCCGCGGCUCUCCGCGAGCAUUAUGUAUGACUUCUAUUUUCGCCGUUAUUGUAUUUAACAGUGACGUUUUUGAGCUGAGUUGUUGAGCUAAAAGUUUUCUUGUUCUCUAUUUUUUCAGAUCCUUGUGUAAAGAUGCUGUGGAAGUGAUUCUUCGAAAGCUUCACGGUGAACAGAUUCUGCAGGUUCUGUAUGGCGACGAGAAACGAGAUGCAAGCCAAGGAGAUGACUGCAAACCAGAAGAUGACCUUGAGGGUCAUUCUAACAGAGGCGGACAUAAGAAAAGUCAUCCUAAAUACAAGACCCUCUACAGUCGAGGAUUUGAUAAGCAAGCUUAAAGAAUCACUGGGACUUCAUUUUAACUUCAGUCUCCAAUACCAAGAUCCGGAUUUCAAUAAUGAACUAUGCAAUCUGACAGACACUGAAGAACUUCCAGAAAAACCAACAGUCAAAGUCAUCCCUGUCUUUGAGCUGGUGCCUGUCUCAUCUGAUGAAGUCCACAGUGACACAACCAGUACAGCAGAAACAGAGAUACUCUUACACUCACCUCAGGAGCGACAGAAAAAGUGGCCAGAAUUUUUUGAUAUCCCAAACUUUUCUGUUGAUGUAGAGUAUAGACUUAGGCAAGCAGAUCUGCUGUUUAUGAGUGAGGGUAUAUACCUUAAAGUAACAAAAGAACUAAAACAUGAAAUACUUGAAAGAUUGGCAGAGAGCAUGUAUUGCUACACAGCAUACCCAACUGCUGCUCAGUUUGAAAGUGUUGCAGCAGCACUGAUAAGCAAGCACCCUUGUCUCCAGGAGCGAGGCUCAACCACUCGCUGUUGCGGUUGGAAAAAUAGUCUAAAGCAUAAAAUGGCUAAUUAUAGAACAAAGCGUAGGCAAUCAGGAUGCCUUGAUGUUGCAGUAAAUGCAGGUAAGCGGGGAAGGCAUUCAGCAGAAGGACAACCAGCUAACAAGCGCAUCAAGAAGGCAAAGAAAGGUGAAAUCAACUACUUGCCCAACUUUCCGGAUGGAUUUGAUCAGGCAGCCCUGGAGGGGGCCUGCAAAGACUUGGUUGAUGAAAUGCAGAAGAGAACACCAAAUGGACUCCUUGUGAAACAGAAGAUGGACCAGACAUUUGCACUGAGAAGAAAAGAGGUAGUGGAGUCGGAACCUGCCAUAAGCACGAUGGUGAAACGCUGGCCUGCCCUUUUCACUGAAGAUCAGGUGUUCAUGGAGUUCAGCAGGAUUGUGGGCAAGAACCUCAAGCAGGAAUUCUAUGAGAGCAUCGAUCGGCACGGUCCCCGUCUCCUUGAGUUAUUUGGAUCGAAGAGAGGGAAUGUUGGGCAGUUGUUGACACAGAUUUCACAACAGACCAGGACUACAGAGCCAACUGCGAUCCGGACAAAGGUGCUCAGAGGGCUUCCUAUCAUCCUUGGGGACGACCCCACAAACUUCUUCAAAGCAGGUUUUGACUCUGAUGGUGAUGAUUCCUUUCACGACCUUGACAUUGGGAUACUUCUCAUUGAUCGUGAUGGUACUGUGCUCACAUCUUCCCAGCAUCUCAGUCCAACCUCGCUGAAAAUCAUCAUUGAGGGACAAGUUGUGAUGGACAACAUUCAAGAUCUGCCCAAAGCAAUGUGCAUUCUGUUUGGACUCACAUAUGCACUCCAUCUUAACUACCCCAAGACUAUGAAGCUCACAUUUCAGUUCAUCCAACAGGUAUUGCUCUCGUUGGGCCACACUGACCUAAAGCCAAAGCUACAGACUUUGAAAAAUCAGCUUGCAAUGUAAACAGAUGUCAAGUCUGCUGUAAGAAGCGGUUGAUUACUUCUUUUUUUUUUUUUUUUGCCACACCAGCAAAAACACUUUCUGACCUGUGGGGUAAACCUUUUUAUUUUCUGUAAAACAAGCCGAGAAACAGACACACAUAAAACGCAGACACAAACACACAAACAACACAGUCGCACACAACACACACAGGUACAACACCCACAUACUCACAAACAAUACUGACACACCUACACACACAGAGUGCUGAAGGAUGUGACUUGUGUGAAAAUUAAAAUUGUUAUUGUAGCAGAAAGACACAAGACAUAAUUGUUCUUGUUGUAUCAUCAGUCUAUGUAGAUGGAAUUAGAUAUUUGAGUGGGGGUCUUUUGGAUUUUGAUGGCUUACUACUGAGUUUGUAGCUUAUUUUAGAGCUCAUGUUGAAAACAGAAGUUUUUUUUUCUUUUUUCCUAAAUUUCUGAUUUUUUUUGUAAAUGUUUUUCUCUCACAUUUGAGUGGGGGUUUCUGGGUUUUUUUUAUUGUAAGUUUGUGACACAUUCAACACCCACACACUCAACACACUCAAACAACACAGGCACAUACAACACACAUGGACAAAUUCAACACACACACGGACAAAUUCAACACACACACGGACAAAUUCAACACACACACGGACAAAUUCAACACACACAGACGGACAAAUUCAACACACACAGACGGACAAAUUCAACACACACAGACGGACAAAUUCAACACACAGACGGACAAAUUCAACACACACAGACGGACAAAUUCAACACACAGACGGACAAAUUCAACACAGGCACAACACCCACACAAACAACACAGGCACAACACCCACACAAACAACACAGGCAUAACACCCACACACAUAACUAUUUCAAUUAUUUGAAAUUACCUUUUUCAGAUCAAUCUUUUUAGGUUGAAAAUGUUGAGGUUGACCUGAUGUUAAGUUGGUCAUAACAAGUUUGGCUGUGUUUUGCCAUUUUUCUUAAAAAUAAAAUGCAUUGACGCAUUUA